CUCAUCAGAGCCUCAAGUGACAGAUGCUGUUCAGAAGGCAAGGUUUCGAUCCCUCCAAAGCCAAAGGCUCAUAGCAUCUCAGUCGAGCUCUCCUCUCGCUCCCAAAGAACUAAGCCAAAGGCUUUGAUUGAUGUACGAUCAAUUUUUGCGGAGAAGUAACUUUUACAGAAACAGAAGUUGCGCUGAACAAGAUGCAGAACAAUGAGUCACCUGGCGUGGAGCAGAAGUUAAGAGUCAGAAAAUUAGAGAUCUCAGACAAGGGGAAAGGUUUCAUAGAGUUGCUGCAACAACUUAGUGUCUGUGAUUCAGUUUCUGACAAGGAAUUUCAGGAUCGAUUUCACGAGCUCAGUUCUAUCAGAGAUGAUCAUGUUAUAUGUGUUAUAGAAGAUGAACUUUGUGAGAGGAUUAUUGCUACAGGAAGUGUGUUCAUUGAAAAGAAGUUUCUAAGAAAUUGUGGCAAGGUUGGACAUAUUGAAGAUGUUGUUGUUCAUUCCAGUGCACGGGGGAAGCAAUUGGGAAAGAAAGUUAUCCAGUUCCUUACAGAUCAUGCCCGUUCAAUGGGGUGCUAUAAGGUGAUACUUGAUUGCAGUCUUGAGAACAAAGUGUUCUACGAGAAGUGUGGCUUUAAGCAGAAUUCUGUUCAGAUGGCCAUGUAUUUCGUUUGAGAAGUAGUGUUUUACCAACUGCCCUCAUUAUUUUGUUAUCGUUGAAUGUCCUUAUAAAAGGGUGUCGACUUAAAUCAGUGCUUGUUUUCAAGUUUUAUUAUCUGAGCAGAAAUGUCGUCUCAGACUCUGUGUUCAUGUAUGAGUAUGGGUUCAGGGAAUUAGCUCUUC